AUGGUAGCUCAAACAGCUCCAAUCCAGCGAAAAAGGCGGGCAUGUGGUCCCAAGACUCGCACGGGAUGCUUCACAUGCAAGAUUCGACGCGUGAAAUGCGACGAAGCUAAACCGGCUUGCAAUCGAUGCUCGAGUACGGGAAGAAAAUGCGACGGAUUUCCUCAGGAUGCAUCAAGUAGUUCAAAUGAUGGGGGCAGCCCAGAUAUCCUAACGAAACGAUUAUCUACGAAAGUGCCAGGCAGCGCGCAGGAAAAGAGGGGAUUCCACUAUUUCAUUCAGAAGACCGCACCGGAAUUGUGUGGAUUUUACAACACUGGCUUCUGGGAAUAUCUUGUACUACAAACCUCGGCAGCAGAGCCAGCGCUGAGGCAUAGCGUUAUAGCUAUUGGCGCUGUCCACGAGGAAUUCGCAGCAAAGCGUUUGAACCAAGGCCCAGGAUUGCCGCCGACUGAGGGGUUUGCAUUUGCCACGAAUCAAUAUACAAAAGCAAUUGGGCACUUGAGGAGGUCUCUUGCCACGGGAAAACAAAAGCCUCUUACGGCCUUGAUGUCAUGCAUUCUUUUCGUCUGCUUCGACUCCCUGCGUGGAUAUUUCGAAUCAGCGAUGGUCCAUUUGCAGAGCGGACUUAGAAUUUUGAGGGAUAUGACUCGAACCACGGACGUUAAACAUAUCAUAGAAAACAUUAUCUCCCCGCUAUUUCUCAGGCUCAGUGUGCAGUCAAUUCUAUAUGUCGAUACCAGAAAUCCGGAGGAUAGGUACAAUUUCGCAAUGGAGCUCACGGACGUCUGUCACAGAAAUGGAGGGGUCCCCGAGACAUUUGAGACAUUGGAAGAGGCCCGCUCAUGUCUAAUGGAAAGCGCAGAGGGUCUCUUCCGGAUGUUUUACCUUACCGAUGGCAGCAAACCAGCUAUUAGCCAGCCCCCGGAAGCCUUCACCAUGUUCGAAAAGUACUCUGCGGAGCUGCGCGAUUGGAAUCUCGCCUACGAAAACUUCAUGAACUCCCACUCCCACUCCUUCAGCAGUAAGCAAAUCCGCGGUGCCGCUCUCCUCAAAAUCCACCACACGACAGCCUCCGUAAUGGCCGCGUGCAAUCCUUGUAUAGAUGAUUGUCGUUCCAUGAGCGAAGCCUUAAAUUGCCCCACCACAUUCACGAAAUUCACAAAGGAAUUCGUAACCAUCCUCAACCUCUCCCGCUCCCUCAUCACGACCGCCGAGCAAGAUGCCCGCAACGGUAUAACGCCCCUCACCUUUUCCACAGAUCUCGGUCUCAUCGGCCCCUUGUACUACGUCGCGGGGAAAUGCCGCAUCCCGCAUAUCAAAGAAGAAGCCGUGCAAUUGCUAGGGCGCUGUCCGCGCAAAGAAGGCAUGUGGGAUAGCGUGGCGGCUAGUAAUCUAGUGCAGGAGCUGUGGGAGGUAGAAGCGCAGCAUAACGCAUUGCAGAACGGCGGACCAGAUGAGAUCUCGCUGCAUAUACCGCUGCACGAGGUUCUAGACUUGGUGUUUUACGAUGGGGGAAAGUGGGAGUGGAAGUGGAAAGAUACUGCACCUUCAUCACUGACGAGGGGCAAUUUGCAUGGCGUGAAUAGGGUGGGGAGACUGGGCGUGGAGAAGACGCAGCAUGUGAACUGGGUGCAUACGCUGGAGGAUCAGAGCCUGUUUCAGGGUGCGUUUAUGUUGAAUAACUAUGGCUCGUCCGACAGUGCGAGUCCGGCGAGCAGCUACAGUCAUAUGGGUUAG